AUGACUGAUGUAGCAAACUCGGAAAACGCGGAGAAUGAUGUGAACGAACACACCCAACUAUUAGAGAGCAACAACAACAACAAUACUCAAACAGAUAUUAGUGUGAAUGACACUAAUGUAAUUUCACCUUCACUGGCAGAAUUGGAAGAGCAAAAUGGACUACAGGAUUAUUUGGCAACUCCCCCGACCACACAAGAAACCGAUCCAUUGUUAGCAACAAAUAACAAGUCUCCAAAUAUAAUACAUGACAACAGUAAUACUGGUAACGUCAAUGAAAAUAAUGAUGAGAACAAUGAUGACGAUGACGAUGAUGACAACAUGAGCAGGGUGUUGCGAUUAGCCAGAAGGCCAAGUUUCAUUUGGGUUUGCUGUUUAGGUAUAUUAGCAUUAAUUAUUUUCCAAUUAACGUUUUUACCUCGUACCUCAUUAGCUAGAGAUUAUAGAAAUUGGCAUGGUAUCCGAUUAACCAAAACUGACGUUAAAAGACAUUAUUUACAAAUGACAGGAAUAGGUAAAUCACAAAACACAUUGACAACUGAAGAAUAUAUUGAUGGCUUGUUGAAGAAUUUUACUCAAUUGAAUCGUCAGUCGUCAUAUAAUUUAAUGUCACAAGAUAAUUCCAAUUUAACUGAAUUUGUCAUUUCUGGGUUUAAAGAUUUGAAGGCAUUCCAAACCCAAGUGGUUAAACGUAAAGUUAAUAUUGGUACACCUGAGAGUUCCAGUGUCAGGUUAUUUGAUGAACAUGGUAAAGUCAUUUAUGAACCAAGUUUGCUUGAACUUGAUUAUAAUACCCCAGCUUACUUUGCCUUGGGGAAUACUGGGAAUGCUAUUGGAGAAUAUGUUUUUGUCAAUAAUGGAUAUCCAAGUGAUUACACUUUAUUGUCAGACAGUAAUAUUGAUGUUAAGAAUAAGAUUGUCGUUAUAAAAUCAAACUAUCACGAUAGCAAUAUCACUAUAGGUGAGAAAAUAGCUAUUGCAGAGUAUCAUGGUGCAAUAGCUGCACUUAGUUAUUAUGAUAUCGAGAGUGAUUUUGAUUUAGUUGGGAAUCAUAAAGUCAAAUCAUUGAAGAAUGCUAUAACAAGAGGUACCUUAUUUAACAACACCAAGAUCCCAGCAAUUCCAGUUAGCCAAAACGAAAUCCAGCCUAUUUUGGAUACUUUAUCUGUUUCUAGGGAUGGUCCAUUUUCACAUUGGGACUUUGCACCUACCAGUAGUGGUAAAUUUACACUUGAAGUGGAUACAACAUUUGUAAACUCUGAGGAACCCAAAGAAUUCACUAAUAUCGUUGGAACAAUAAAGGGAAUAAUCAACGAUGCUGAUAUAGUGAUUGGUGCCAGACGUGAUUCAUAUGCUUCAUCCAAUCCACUUUCUGGACAUGCUGUUCUAUUGGAAAUUAUGCGAUAUUAUCAGAAGUUGGUUCACGUUGGAUGGAAACCAUUGCGUAAUAUAAAAUUUGUUUCAUGGGAUGCGUCAUAUUUGAAUUUAUUGGGAGUCGAAAGUUUGACCAAUGAUACUACUAUUUUCAAUCCAAAAAGAACUAUCGUUGCUUAUAUAAGUAUUGAUGGUGAUUCUGUUACUGGCAGUAAAUUUGCCGUAGAUGCUAAUGCAGUUUUCAAUAGUGUUUUGCGCCGCACUGCAAAAUCAAUUCCAAUCCCUAAGGAAUCAGUUUUGUUUAAUAACAGAAUGAAUGAACACGGUAUUGACGAUAAUGAUAUCUAUAUAACAGAUAACAACCAUAACAGAGAAAAUGAUAUUCUCAUCGAUAACUUUGCUCGCGACGAUUUCACUACUUUAUAUCGUUAUUGGUGGAAACAAGAUAAGACAAGUAUAAACAACAAUUUGGGAUUACCUAUUGAUUCAUCUGAAUCUUUAAUAUUUCAAAAACAUUUAGCUACACCAAUAAUAAAUGUUAGAUUUGAAAAUGAUAUUGAACAGGAUAAAGCUAUUUAUAUUCCCAACUCGAAUUAUUAUUCUUAUGAUUGGUUGAUUAAGGAAAAAGUUGAUGAUGAUUUAUUACUUCAUGGACUGUUAAUUAGAUUUAUUGGAUUAUUAGGAAUUUCCUUAACAGAACAUGAAGUAUAUGAUUAUAAAACCCAUGCCUACUUUAAAACCAUAUCAACGUAUUAUAAACAAUUGAAAGUCGAAACAACGCAAUUUUUAUCCCAAUGGGGUGAUUUGGUAGUUCCAAAUUAUCUUAUUUUCAAAUCGACAAUUUUCCAAGAUUUAGACACCAAUAACCCUGUGAAAUUCCAUCAAAUAACCCAUCAAUUUGAUAAAUUGAUGGACCAUAUUGUUAAUCAGACAACAAUAUUUGAUAAAUGGAAUGAAAAUGUUGAGGAUGGAUUAAUGCAAGAUUAUCCUUGGUAUAUGUAUUAUAAGAAAUUACAACAUUAUGCCGAAUAUAAAGUUUCUAAUUAUAAAUUGGCAUAUUUGGAAAAUGAUUUACAAUUAAAUGAUCGUGAUUACCUAUAUUUGAGAACAGGUGAAAAUGGGGUUACAAUAGAUGUACCUAAUUAUUAUUAUGAUUCUAUUAUUUAUGGAGAACAAUCAUUUAAUGCCCAUAAAUCAAGUCAAGAAUAUUUUGAUAAAAAAUUUUCACAUGGUACUUUUACUUAUUUAUAUCAAAGCAUACAAAAUGAAGAUUUUGAAUUUACAAUUAAAUGGUUUGUGAUGAUUUAUGAAAAAUUAAAUAAUAUAGAUUAUAAAAUGACAUAG